AUGGCAAGUUCUAAUGGAAACCCAGAGCUCUUGGGAAGCGCACACACAGACCAACUAAACCUUAGCACAAAGCAUGCCGAGGAUCUAACGUCAGCCGCCUUCCAGACAUCAACGCUGAGAGAAAAGAGACACAGUGACAGGCCAAAGGGGAGAAAGACACCUGCUGCGGGAAGAAGAGAUGGAUGGGUAAAGGAGGUUGUCGGUUUGCAUAAUGAACAGUGUCCCCAGUUACCACUGCCGGCCAUCACUUUAAAAAGGCUGGUGGAUGUUGAGAUGAAGUUAGUGUUUGGUGACGAACAGAACAUUACCCACAAGUCCCCGGCCUCCACCUACUACCAAUUAAUGUGUCACAGCAGUGAAACAGCAGGCCCUCCGAGUGGAAAUAAUCUUGCUUCUCUGCCUCCAAUUGACAAACGGCUCGAUGCUGCUUUACAGGAUGCCGACAGCUACUACAGACUAAAGAAAUAUGCCGCUGUAGCUAGUCGCUUCACCAUUGCCCUACAGGACUGGUCCAAAGGUGCUGUGCUUGGGAAACCUUUUAGUGCUGAUUAUGAAGACAUUUCCAAGGUUGUUGGCUUCAUCGAGUCCAGGCCCGUUGCCUGCUACCUGAGAAUGCAGAAGCCUGACUUGGCACUGCCACAUUCCCACAGGAGCAUCCACCUAAACCCCAUCCAUUUCCGGAGCCAUCUCCAACAGGCAAUGGUGUAUCGAUUGCUGGGUAACCCCUGCGGGGCAGUGAGGAGUGCCAUGAUUGCUGACUAUGUGCACUGGCUAUCUGGAGACGGCAAGCAGACUAUAAGCAAGCUCAUCAAACUGUAUUGGCAGGCGUUGUUGGAAGAGAAUUUUCACAGGAAGAAGGAUUUUUCCGUCUUGUACACCUCAUGGGUGCUUGAAGGGAUUCAGUAUGCUGACUGUCUGUAUCAGCUGAGGAGAGAGCAGGAGCAAGCGCAGGUGCUGGAGCACACUCUAGCGGAGUUAGCAUUAGCAACCUAUCUACAGGAAGUCGGCCCAUCUGACACCAGGCUGCUGCAGGCUCUAAUGGCAGACACCAUGGACACCCUUGAAGGCAAGCGGACUGAUCAGGAACGUGUGUGGAAUGCAAUGCAAAAGGGUUUAUGGAGCUGAUUGAGACUCACCCAAAUACACAGUAUCAAUAUAAGAGAUCCACCCUCCUGCCAGCGUGGGACUCCACAGCCAGCAAUUGGCCACUAAUGCUCGACAGCAUCUGAUGUUCGACAGCCAAUUUGGUGCGACAGGGAUUGCUGAUUAGCAAUGAGGAGGUAAAAAUGUGCUAAUCUUUACUGUUUAUCUUUAGUGCAAGUGUUAAGCAUUGAUGUGGAAGCCGUUUGGAGGUUCUGAGGAUGUUGUG